GCAUCCUUGGAAGCAACAAUUAAGCAGCUCUGGGAUAAAACACACAGCCCGCGGGAGCACGGGGGCAUUGCUUCAAGAGAUGGCAAGGCAGGCAGCUGCACCCCUCCUCCCCGGAGUCCUCCUCCUCCUCUCCAUCCUCCCGGCUACUCAGCAAGGAGGGGUUCCUGGUGCUAUCCCAGGAGGGGGAGUCCCAGGAGGAGGCUUUUUCCCAGGUGCUGGAAUUGGAGGUUUGGGAGCAGGACUCGGGGCUGCGGGAAAACCUCCCAAACCAGGGGUCGGAGGACUUGGGGGACUUGGCCCCCUUGGCCUGCAGCCAGGUGCUGCGGGACUGUUCCCCGGAGCUGCCUUCCCCGGGGGCGCCUUCCCGGGAGCCGCCUCGGCCGCGGCGCUCAAGGCUGCUGCAAAAGCUGGUGCUGGCAUUGGAGGCGUGGGUGGAAUUGGUGGUCCUGGUGGCCUCGGGGUCUCCACAGGUGCCGUGGUACCGGGCGCGGUGCAGCCCGGCCUGGGCGCGGCAGGGAAACCCCCUAAAAUUCCAGGUGCUGGGAUUCCUGGAGCUUUCCCGGGCGGCGUGCUCCCCGGCGCAGGUGUUCGCUUCCCUGGCGUGGGGGUGCUGCCUGGAGUCCCCACUGGAGCUGGAGUCAAGCCUAAAGCCCCAGGAGUUGGAGCCUUUGGAGGAAUCCCUGGACUGGGAGGUUUUGGAGGUCAGCAGCCCGGUGUCCCUCUGGGGUAUCCCAUCAAAGCUCCUAAGCUCCCAGGUGGCUAUGGACUGCCCUACACCAAUGGCCUCCGGCCCGGCGGGAUAGGAGCCGGCCUCCUGGCAGGAAAGGCGGGAUACCCCACCGGGACAGGGGUCGGAGCGCAGGCGGCAGCAGCGAAAGCAGCAGCGAAACUCGGAGCCGGUGUCUUGCCCGGGGUUGGCGGCAUCCCGGGAGUCGCGCCCGGUGUCGGCGUGGGCGGUGUCCCAGGAGUUGGAGUCGGAGGACCGGCAGCGGCGGCAGCGGCGGCAGCAGCGGCGAAAGCAGCGGCAAAGGCAGGAGCUUUUGGUCCAGGGGCAGUGCCCGGAGUCGGAGGUGUCCCUGGCUUGGUACCUGGCGUCGGAGGUGUCCCCGGGGCGGUGCCCGGCGUCGGAGGUGUCCCCGGGGUGGCAGGGGUGCCGUCGGCAGCAGCAGCAGCAAAGGCAGCUAAGUACGGCGCCGGCGUUCCCGGUGUGGGUGUGGGCGGCGUCCCCGGCCUCGUGCCCGGAGUCGGAGGUGUCCCUGGCUUGGUACCUGGCGUCGGAGGUGUCCCCGGGGCGGUGCCCGGCGUCGGAGGUGUCCCCGGGGUGGCAGGGGUGCCGUCGGCAGCAGCAGCAGCAAAGGCAGCUAAGUACGGCGCCGGCGUUCCCGGUGUGGGUGUGGGCGGCGUCCCCGGCCUCGUGCCCGGAGUCGGAGGUGUCCCUGGCUUGGUACCUGGCGUCGGAGGUGUCCCCGGGGCGGUGCCCGGCGUCGGAGGUGUCCCCGGGGUGGCAGGGGUGCCGUCGGCAGCAGCAGCAGCAAAGGCAGCUAAGUACGGCGCCGGCGUUCCCGGUGUGGGUGUGGGCGGCGUCCCCGGCCUCGUGCCCGGAGUCGGAGGUGUCCCUGGCUUGGUACCUGGCGUCGGAGGUGUCCCCGGGGCGGUGCCCGGCGUCGGAGGUGUCCCCGGGGUGGCAGGGGUGCCGUCGGCAGCAGCAGCAGCAAAGGCAGCUAAGUACGGCGCCGGCGUUCCCGGUGUGGGUGUGGGCGGCGUCCCCGGCCUCGUGCCCGGAGUCGGAGGUGUCCCUGGCUUGGUACCUGGCGUCGGAGGUGUCCCCGGGGCGGUGCCCGGCGUCGGAGGUGUCCCCGGGGUGGCAGGGGUGCCGUCGGCAGCAGCAGCAGCAAAGGCAGCUAAGUACGGCGCCGGCGUUCCCGGUGUGGGUGUGGGCGGCGUCCCCGGCCUCGUGCCCGGAGUCGGAGGUGUCCCUGGCUUGGUACCUGGCGUCGGAGGUGUCCCCGGGGCGGUGCCCGGCGUCGGAGGUGUCCCCGGGGUGGCAGGGGUGCCGUCGGCAGCAGCAGCAGCAAAGGCAGCUAAGUACGGAGCUGGCGUUCCUGGCAUCGCUGGCGUUCCUGGCGUUCCUGGUGUUCCUGGUGUUCCUGGAGUUCCCGGUGUCCCUGGUGUCCCAGGUGUUCCCGGCGUGCCUGGGGUUCCUGGAGCCGUGCCCGGCGUUGGAGUGGGUGGCCCAGCAGCAGCGGCCGCAGCCAAGGCUGCGGCGAAAGCAGCAGCAAUCGGAGCAGGACGCGUGCCCGGCGUUGGCGUGCCCGGUGUUGGCGUGCCCGGCGUUGGCGUUCCUGGAGUGGGUGUGCCUGGUGUUGGCGUGCCUGGUCUGGUGCCCGGGGUCGGCGUUCCAGGAGGUCCGGCAGCCGCUGCCAAAGCAGCCGCCAAAGCAGCCAAGUACGGAGCAGGUGGCCUGGCUCCCGGUGUGGGUGGCCUGGUUCCUGGCGUGGGUGGCUUGGUUCCUGGAGUAGGUGGCCUGGUUCCUGGUGUUGGAGGUGUCCCAGGUGUUGGAGGUCCAGCAGCAGCAGCCAAGGCAGCGGCCAAGGCAGCCAAAUUUGGUGCCGGGGUUGGAGGGGUGCCAGGUGUGGUGCCUGGCGUGGGCGGAGUGCCCGGAGUGACACCUGGUGUUGGUGGCGUGCCCGGCUUGGUGCCAGGGGUGGGAGUACCUGGAACUGGCAUCCUUCCUGGGGCAGGCAUCCCCCAAGUAGGGGUGCAGCCUGGUGCUAAACCUCCCAAAUUCGGUGUUCCUGGGGUUGGAGUCCCAGGGGUUGGUGGCCUCCCAGGUGGCCUCGGUGUCGGUGGGCUCGGAGUCGGUGGCCUCGGUGAGUGAUGCUGGUCCCGGUGCGGGGCUCCCAGGGCUGGCUGCAGGGAGCAGCGGCGGCGGCGGCGGCGUGCUGGCAGAGCAGUGAGAAGGAAAGGGAGUCUGUGGGUCACUUCUGUCCCCUCCCGGUCUCACAGUACAAUCCCACCCCGCACUGUCACCGUGCCUUGUGCCCUGCCCUGUUUGCCACCUGCCCUGUUCCCAGGGGUGAUCCGAAGGGAUCACCUGAGCAGGGACUGAGGGCCAUAGCGCCAGCCUGGCCCGUGCCACGUACUGUACCAUGUCCCCAACGUGGGGAGAUGCAGGUCCCUUCUGGGACCCUCCGGGCCCCUCCUGAAGGGUCUGGCUGUGGCCCUGGGGCGGUGAGUCCGGGCAGGGGCUGCACUGGUGCCCCCUCUGACAUAGGACUCUUGUAUCCAGGAGCUGCUGGGAAACCUCCCAAGCCAGGGGUCGGAGGUCCCGGCUUCGGCGUAUCACCGAUCUUUCCAGGUGGGGUCGGCGGCCUGGG